AUGUCAAUUAGUACUGGAGAAGGAACUCUGUAUAAUCAGGAAGAAAUAAUGAAUUCUGCUUCGAGGGUCCAGGAAAUGUCUAAAUAUUUUAAUAGGAAUCAUGAAGAUGAAGAUAAAAGAAUACAAUCGGGUAAUAAAAAAUCCGCAUCCCAACGACUUACAAGCAAAGUACCCAGUCUUAAGGACCAAAUGGAAGCCAGUAUAAAGUUAUUACAAUUCGUAGCCGAUACCCAAUUGUCAUUAACGCAAAUUAAUGGACAAAGAAAACUUGGUCCUCCUAUCGGAUGGACGGGACCUCCGCCUGGAGCAAAAUGCGAGGUUUUUGUCGGCAGUAUUCCUCGAAAUUAUUACGAACCCGAGAUUGUUUUCAUAUUCAGCUCUGUCGGAAAGAUCUAUGAACUGCGUUUGAUGAUGGACUUUUCCGGUGCAAAUAGAGGAUACUGUUUUAUUAUGUAUACAACCGAGGAAGAAGCAGCUCGCGCGAUCAAGGAAUUGGAUCAGUAUGAGAUUUAUCCUGGUAAAAGGAUCGGUGUUGUGGCGAGUAUUAACAAUUGCCGACUUUAUAUCAACCAAAUCCCACGAAGAAUCGAUACUAAAAUUAUUGUUAAGCGUAUUUACGAAAUCACUGAUGAUGUCGAUAAGGUAGCAGUCUAUCGAAACUUGAAUGGUUUUGUUAGUUACGUAUUGGUUUCCUAUAAAACUCAUCGAGGUGCAGCUAUGGGAAGAAGAAGACUGGUUCCUGAAUCGACGACACUUUUUAAAAAUCAUGAAAUAAAUAUUGAAUGGGCCAAUCCAAAUGUAACACCGUCCAAUGUGAGAACAAUGACAGCAGUCAAUUAUGGUUCCACGAGAAAAUGGAACGUGGGUACUUUCCCUUGA